AUGAUGAAAUUACAGAUAGCCAACGACCAGGACCGAAAAGAGGCUCAAAAUAGAGAGAGAAGGAGACAAUGCGAGCUCGAGAGAAGGUCCAGGAUCUUCAAUGCUAGAAACAGGAAGAUUGGGGUGGAUGUGAGGUUCCUGGAGCGCCAGAUAGCGGAGAAGAAGGCGGAACGAGAUGACCAAGUACGAAAGGACCUGGCCUUUGCGCAACAGAUGAUCAAGGACAGCAACCUGGCUGUUAUACUUGAAGCAAGGGAGAAAGAAGAACGUCGUCGUAUUGGCGUUGAAAUAGACUCGUACCGCCAAAAAUAUCAGCGUUUUGAAGACAGGCGGGAGUACGAUCUCAACGACCCUGAAGUUCUGAAGAAGCAGCUACCACCGAGGCCUGAUGAUGGCCAGCCAGUGGGCUUGUCCAGUGCACAGAAAUUCGAAGGGGAAGACUUGGAAUUUGAGGAGCGUAAAAAGAUCAUGGCAGCACAGAAGAACUCCUGGCUUGAACAACAGGUGCAAGAGAGGAAAGCAGCCGAAGAGGAAAGAAAGAAAGCUGAAGCCGCUUAUAUGAUGGCCAUUAAAGCUCGUGACAACCGCGCCGGUGAGCUGGAUAAGUUGGAACGAGAGUGCCGCUAUAGACUUGGGCAAGCCAACCUUAAAUACAACGAGGCUUUGGCUGCAGAGAAGAAGCAACUGGAACAGGUCCUCAAGGAGCAGGAGGAAGCCGACAAUACAGCGGAGAUGUACAACAAUCUCACUUCGGAUAUGCUCACUGAGAACCCUGACGUAGCCAAGAGCGCCCUCGGGAAGAACAGGGCUAUCGGUUACAUGUACAAAGGUAUGAACCAAGAAGAGUUGAAGAAGUUCUACGCUGCACAGAAGGAACAAAUGGCUGCAUCCAAGGCUAAGCGCGAUGCUUUAGACAAGAUGGAAGCUGAAUGGCAAGCCUUAUCCAAGUCUAUACAACGCGAAGUGGCACGACAGGACAUUGCCGACAAGAGAAAGAGACGAGAGAUAGCUCGUCAGCUGAUGGAAGAGAACCAACUCAUGGCCCUACAGCAGAAAGAGAAAGAGAAGUACUUCAGGGAAGUGGUGUACAACAACACACCGACCGACGAAUAUUACGCGCAGUUCAACACAACCACCAGAUAA